AUGGGCGAAUUUGGAGGCGAGAUGCACCCGGACGAUAUGGAUGCUUUGCCUAUGGGCGCAGAAACGGACGACCGCCGACACCGACAACUCGACCGUCAGCGUGAACUCGAAGCGAGUAUGGAUGCGGAGAAGCAGGCUCAGAUGCUUAAGGAACGUUAUGGUCGGAACCGCGCUGCUGCGACUGAUUCCGUCGUUGUUCCCAAGCGACUACUUCUUCCCAGUGUCGACGAUCCUAGCAUCUGGGGUGUGCGUUGCAAGCCCGGCAAGGAACGGGAAGUUGUGUUCGCCAUUCAGAAGCGCAUCGAAGAGAGACCCCCAGGCUCGAGGAAACCCGUCAAAAUUAUCUCCGCGUUUGAGCGUGGAGGUGCUAUGAGUGGUUAUAUCUACUGCGAAGCACGCAGACAGGCGGAUGUUAUGGAAGCGCUGCAAGACAUGACAAAUGUCUACCCCAGAUCGAAGGUCAUCUUGGUCCCCGUGAAGGAAAUGCCCGACCUUCUUCGAGUUCAGAAGUCGGAAGAACUCGUCCCUGGCGGAUGGGUUCGUAUUAAGCGCGGGAAGUACAUGAAUGAUCUGGCCCAAAUUGAGGAGGUGGAGACAAAUGGCCUCGAAGUCACGGUUAGGCUGGUUCCACGUUUAGAUUACGGUUUGAACGAAGACACCAGUGCUCCUGUAGUCGACCCAAAGAGGAAGCGCCCUGGUAUGAAUCCGGCAGCCGCACGGCCACCGCAGCGUUUGUUCAGUGAAGCAGAAGCCAAGAAGAAGCAUGGCAAGUACCUGUCCGCUACGUCGGGUCUGGGUGGAAAGUCGUGGAACUACCUUGCCGAAACCUACAUCGACGGUUUCCUGAUCAAGGACAUGAAGGUGCAGCAUCUUAUCACAAAGAAUGUCAACCCACGCCUCGAGGAGGUUACCAUGUUUGCUCGUGGCUCUGAGGACGGCACGUCGAAUCUGGAUCUUGCUUCUCUCGCCGAGACACUCAAGAACUCUACUGCUGAGGAUUCAUACCUUCCAGGUGAUCCUGUGGAAGUUUUCAAGGGUGAACAGCAAGGAUUGGUUGGCCGUACCAGUUCGACAAGGGGUGAUAUCGUCACCAUUCAAGUAACCGAAGGAGUUCUGGAAGGGCAAUUGAUCGAUGCACCCGUCAAAUCUCUUCGGAAGCGCUUCAGAGAAGGUGACCAUGUCAAGGUCAUUGGCGGCAGCAGAUACCAAGAUGAACUUGGUAUGGUAGUACAGGUUAAGGAUGACACGGUGACCUUGCUCAGUGAUAUGAGCAUGCAAGAAAUCACGGUCUUCAGUAAAGAUCUUCGACUUUCUACCGAGACUGGUGUUGACGGGAAGCUUGGAAUGUUCGAUGUCCAUGAUCUCGUCCAACUAGAUGCCGCCAUGGUUGCUUGUGUUGUCAAGGUCGACCGCGAGUCACUAAAAUGUCUGGACCAAAACGGCUCGAUUCGGACUGUCCUGCCCACCCAGGUCGCAAAUAAGAUCACUCCUCGUCGGGACGCAGUGGCAACAGACCGCAAUGGCGCCGAGAUUCGACACGGUGAUACGGUCCGCGAAAUGUAUGGAGAACAGAGAAAUGGCGUCAUCCUUCACAUCCACCGUUCGUUCCUAUUUUUGCACAACAAGGCGCAGGCCGAAAAUGCAGGAAUUAUCGUUGUGCGCACAACGAAUAUCCUCACUGUGUCAGCAAAGGGUGGCAGAUCUACUGGUCCUGAUUUGACCAAGAUGAACCCGGCUUUGAUGGGGAAUGGUAUAGGUCGUGGUGCUGGUGGUGGUGGCCCCGGAAUGCCUCCGCCCAAGAGCUUUGGUCGCGAUCGUAUGCUCGGAAAGACCGUGUUGGUCCGAAAGGGUCCCUUCAAGGGCCUUGUUGGUAUCGUCAAGGAUUCCACGGAUGUGCAAGCUCGUGUUGAACUGCAUUCGAAGAGUAAGCUGGUGACGAUACCAAAGGAGUUGCUUGUUGUCAAGGACCCUGUUACUGGACAAACUGUCGAUGUCUCCCGUGGAAGAGGUGGUCCGCGUGUUCCGAAUGGUGCCUCUGCUGCACCACCGUCGAGCUGGAGCGGCGGACGUACUCCUAUGGCAGCUGCCGACUCUUCCAGGACACCUGCAUGGGGAGGUCCUUCGUCUGCACGGACACCCGCCUGGGGCGGUCUCGGUGGUGGUGGCGGUGGUUCUCGCACCCCCGCCUGGAAAAUGGACGGCUCUCGCACAUCGAACCCAUACGACGGCAACCGCACAGCCUACGGCGGAUUCGGUGGUGGUGGCGGCGGACGCACCCCAGCCUGGAACGCAGGCGCUCGCACACCAUAUGGCGGCAGCUCCGGCAUGAGCGACUUCGACGCCUUCGCAUCUGGAUCCCGAACACCAGCCUGGGGCGGCGCAGGUGCAAGCGCAAACGCAAACGCAGGAAACCGCACACCCGCCUGGUCCGCCGGCGGCAUGGCAGGCAGUAGCAGCAAGGACUCACGGAGCUACGAUGCGCCAACACCCAGUGCGUACGCUGCUCCCACGCCUGGUGCUUAUGCCGCGCCGACCCCGGGAGCGCCUACGCCUGGAGGAUGGGCUGAUAGUGCGCCGACGCCGGGUGCGUUUAAUGCGCCAACGCCUGGCGGCGCGGCUGCUACUCCGGGGGCGUACGGUGAUGGGGAUGAUGGCGGGCCGCGGUAUGAUGAGUCGCCUAGUCCUUAA